CGGCGUCACGUGAGGACAACCAAAACACGACAGGAAUCAAGAUGGCGGCCAAUCGGUCAAUGAGCGACGGUGGAGCCAACAACUUGGAUACAUAAUACAGGCUCAUCUACUCGAGCCAGGGCAUCAUGGCAGCUCAACCUCCGGUCCAGCGCAAGCCCGCUAAACAAGCAAAGAUUUUGCAGUCUCUCCGUAACAUCCAAACAGAGCAAACACUCAAAUUACAGCAGAAAUUUCAAUUUGAACAAGACCUCCUGGAAGAUAUUAGGGUAUAUGCAAAGCAAAGAUCGGCGAUUGAAAAAGAGUAUUCGCAGGCAUUGCAAAAGUUGGAUUCACAGUUCAUUCAAAAGAGGGAGUUCUCAGCUGAUGAAAUCACAGGAAAUGAAAGAUACAGGACCCCUCUUAGUGUGUGGAAGACUGUCCUGGAUGAGUCGGCAAGCGUUGGCAAACAUCGACUGGAGAUGGCAGAGGCAUUACUUACUCAAGUAGCAGAUAGCAUUAAGGCCUUUAAAACCAACAAGGCUCAAAUAUUCAAAAAGAACCAAGAACUGCUACAGAAAAUCCAUGAAGAAAUCUUCACAACUGUCAGGGAAAUGUCCAAGUCCAAAAAAGGCUAUAUGGAGAUGGAAAAGCUCGCCCAUGUGGCCCGCGAGCAAGCUGCGGAGGCAGAGGAUAAAUACAAAAAGAAAAAUGUAAAAUUCUUUCAAUCAAAAUCAACGCUUGAGAAAAAUGUUUCAAAGAGUUCAAAUCGCAAGGAAACAAGUGAGCGAAGAUCAACAAUGGCAAGGAAUGAGUACUUGCUUUGUUUAGCAGCGUCUAAUGCUCAUGCAAUGAGAUAUUACUGCACUGACCUUCAAGAAAUUAUGAAUAGUGUUUAUGGAGAUUUUUAUGAUAAAGUGAGGGAAUAUUUUAGUAUUAUAAGCAACCUUGGAGUGGAAGCCAGUACAAGUGAACACAAGGGGUAUGCCCAUGUUGGCUCAGAGGCGUCAAUGAUUGAUAAAAACUUCUGUGUGGAAACAUUUUUGUCCCACAAUAAAGUAUUGACAGAGGUGCUGCAUUAUGAGUAUGAUCCAUACAGAGGGGACAAGAUUAACACUAUUUUAACAAUUGACAAGUCAUCUGGCUUAGCGCUUAACAAAGAAGCUCGUAAACUAGCCUUAAGACUGGCAAGAGAGCAAAAGAACAUCAGAGACAAGCAAAAAGCAUUGUCUUCAAUGAACAGCUCUCAAGGGGACUUAACAGAUGGCCCAACAGAUACUGAUCAGCCAAGUGCAGAUGCCCUACGUGAGGAGAUAAGGCACUCAGAGGUGAUCAAGCUGAAGGCUGAAGCUUGCCUGGAACUUCUAAAACAAGCUGGAGUGAAUGUCGAUGAGUGGAUAAAGUCUGCAAACUCACUAUCACCCAAUGAUGCCUCAGAUAAAGCACUGAGUGGUUCGUCAUCAUCACUAACGGCAGACCUCACCCCUGAUGAUCAUGGCGGCUGGGAUGACGAAUGGGAUGUGGAUGACACUUUCACAGGAGACUAUGAGUCAGACGAGGACGUCCGGAGCUUGACCUCAGCGUCAUCUCAACUGGGCCUCUGUGUUGUAUUAUACAGCUUUGAGGCUACGACUGAAGACGAGCUGUCCAUCACGGAACACGAGGAACUGGAGUUGCUGGAGAUAGACGGGGAAGGCUGGUGCAAGGGCCGUAACAAAGCUGGCAAGGUGGGCUUUUUCCCCGAGGCCUAUGUGGAAAAGCGUACCAAGGAGAGAGAAGGCUCCAUUCACAGCAGUUCGGGGCAUAGCGUUUCAGGAAGUGUGACGGGUAGCAUUGGGGAGAGGUCCCCGGUGGGCACACCUGUAGCCUCACCCGUGGUAGCACCUGUUAUAUCACCUCUCGCGGCGGCACACAGGGCAUCUUCUGCCUCACUACCGGUUACCACAGCAGUCUCGCCUGUACCGGAACCUACAUAUUUAUGUAUGGUAAGAGCGCUAUACGACUACGAGGCAAUGAGCGACGAAGAGCUGUCAUUCAACGAGGGAGACACAAUCUACGUAACCAAACAAGAUGAUCAUGGAGUCGACGAUGGAUUCUGGGAGGGUUACAUAGACGGUCACAAGGGGGUGUUUCCUUCCCUUGUUGUGGAGGAGAUAGAGGGGUCUGCUUCACCUCCCCCCGUCACCAUACCCGUAGUGAGCCCUCCAUCUACCGGCCAAGAAGCUCAACCACCGGCAACAAACGCUGGCUGGCAGGGUAGAGGAGACUACGUUGAUCUCGCCGAUAGCUAUUCCACAAUUGGAAAAGCACCGUCGUUAUUACAGCCCGCUCGUAAGGCCCCACCACCUCCUAGGGACUCCCCCCUAUCUACAAGACGUUCGAUUUCUAGCACGGGGAGAGAAAGUACCAACAUGGGUAACAUGGACCGACAAAGGGCUCAAACAGAGAACCUUGCUACGAUGAGUAAGCCCGAGGGUCAGCGUAAAAAGCGCAGCUCUCUUUUUAGUAGUGACGAGUCUUUUGGGUGUGUGGCAGACCCCAGGACGGCAGACUAUGUAAACACUAGGAACUUACCCCAUCAGAAUGGACCACCUAGAGACAAACCAAACAAGCCAUCCUUACCCCCGCCCCCAACAACAACGUCUAGAAAGAAUUUUCAGUCUCACUCACAAGUUUGAAGAAAUGGUAUAUAGACUAGAUUUGAAUAGGUUUGUAUAAAUAGGUUUAGGAAAAAACAAUAAUUUUAUCUUAUAGAGGAGUUUUGAAUUUGGGUUAAUUUCUUGCAGGUUUAGUAAACAUUUGUUCACGCAAUAUAUGCCUACAAUUGCAUAAUAUAUUUACCGUUAGUUUCACACCUGAGAUAGAACACGAUGCCAGGCUCGUACUUAUUGCUUGCAUACUUUAUCUACUUAGACCCUUACAGGGUCAAUCUCUUUUCUGACCUUAUGUGAUAACAUUUGAUAUAUUAUUGGUGUGGUAAGUAAAGUUACGCCCAUAAGAACUGUCAAACCUCAUAACGAGUUGCAAAGCAAGGCAUCUCACAUGGCGUGUAUAUCCCGUUUUCCGGAAUAUGAUUAGGACACAUUAACGUUGUAACGUUCUCCCAGGGACCCAUAUAAUGUCCAACUUUGCUUGGACCUUACCUGGUUUGUCUUAAAAAAUGUCUAAGGUUGAUCGUGACGAGUUGCAGUUCUUAACGGCAGGCUUUUACUUUAUAAAGAAAAGAGGAUAUAUUUAAAAGCCUUUUAAUGUAAGGUUGGUAUGUAAAAUUGUACACCAAGACUUCAUUCUUCAUCCAUAUAGCUAAGAAAUGCGCGUGAGAGAACCAGUGGUGGUUUUAAAAGAUGAUAUAGAUGUUUUCUGUGUCAAAUCCAUAAUAUAACAUAAAUUCUUCCUCACUUCCCUAAGAGCAGAUGCGUCAUAUGGUUGUUGGUUAGCGAUAGAAACAACAAAUACUCAUGGAAAAAAAAUAUGUUUGAUCCCGACAUCGACUGAGGUCAUCGUAAACUGCGUUCUUAGACGUCAAUUUGCUCAGUCACUUUAUGAAAGUUUGUAGGCAGAUCUCUUUUAAAUUGCAACAAAACUUAUUUCACUCUUAGAAGAUUAAAAAUAAUAUUAAAAAACGUUUUUUUUAAAAUA